AUGACGAUGCUCAAAAACUUCGUAUCAGUUGGUCAAUUAGGCCACAACGCCGCCAGAAACGCCCGCCGAGUCCAAUUCCAGCCAGGUUUCCAGGCACCCGUCACUGCUGUGCAACAGAGGAGAGCUUUUCGCUCGCUUCCAUGCUUGCGGACAUCCGAAGAGCAGCCAAGAAUGCAUAACAGAAACGAACUAGAUCCCCAGCGAUCGGAGGGCACAAAGACCGGUACCGACAACGAAGUCGCAACCCAUCACGCGGCCUACGAUCCAAAAAACACCUCCCCCGAAAGCGAAAUCAAUCAAGCUGAGAAGGAAAGCGAACAGGGAGGCAAAGUCAGCAAUCCCUUGGACGUAAGUGCUGCGAACAAAGAUGUCAGUGGAGCACGUGAUCCGCAAGAAGGAGGGCCAGACCGCAAUGCGGAGAAGGAACCGAGUGGGAGAGGAUCACCCAGGAAGGGAAGAGAGGUGCACGUCGGAGGUAAAAAAUAA